UACUCGGCUCCCUCCUCAUCUUCGUAAGUGAUACCCCGCCUACCAACUAGAGCUCUGUGGCCUUGCAGCAUAACUGUCCACCAAUCGAACCUCUCCUGCUCUGAUACCUAUGCCGUGCCAUUCUAACCAAGAGCCCAAGUAGAAAUUUUAAACCCACCAAUAUUCACAAUGUCUGCCCUCAAAGCCGGCGAUGCUUUCCCCGAAGGCGUGAGCUUCCUCUACGUCAAGCCCACUCCCGAGACCAGCGACGUCCUAGCUUGCGGCAUCCCCACCAAGUUCGACGCCAGCGCCGAAUUCAAGGACAAGAAGGUCGUCCUGGUCUCCGUACCCGGUGCUUUCACCCCCACCUGCCAGGUCACCCACGUCACCGGCUACAUUGCCAAGCUCAACGAGCUCAAGGCCAAGGGCGCUGACAUUAUCAUCGUCAUCGCCUUCAACGACCCCUUUGUCCAGGCCGCCUGGGGCAAGGCCAACGGCAUCAAGGACGAGUCCAUCAUCUUCGCCACCGACAACGAGGCCGCCUUCAGCAAGUCCAUUGGCUGGACCCUGGGCCCCCGCACCGCCCGUUACGCCAUCAUCGUCGACCACGGCAAGGUCGUCUACGCCGAGAAGGAGCCUGCCGGUGAUGUCGGCGUCUCCGGCGUCGAUGCCGUUCUCUCCAAGCUAUAAACGAGCUAUGGGCUGAAAACCUCCCCAUCUUUCGUUUUUUUUUUUUUUUUUUUUUUU